CUUAUCUCAAUUGAUUCCAUUCCUUCUCGAAGUCCUUCAUCCCUUGACUCGGCACUUUCGUCAUCUCGCGUUCAGAGUACGCGAGUGAGUUUGAUCCCCGACCUUCACAUGGGUCGGUGCUUAUUACUUUCCUAAGAUUGCGCGUUCUGAGACACUGGCCUCUUCUCAUCUUUCUCCUCUCACACUUCCCCCCUAUACCCUCACCCUCGACCUCAACAAUCACGUUAUGCGAUGAGGUUGUCACUCCGUGUUAGUGCCGCCGCCGCACUAAUUAUCCUGACUCUCGUCCUGGUCUGUCGCAAUCUGAAGGCGAAAGGUGAAUCACUUCAGGAUAUAUGGCAUUUCGACACCGGCUCCUUCCGCACAUCCCUCAGACCAAAACCCCAACAUGAGACGGGAUCGCAACGGAAAUGGCGGGUUGCAUCGGAUAAGAAACCCGCUUUAAUGUACCAGACCACCGAGAUCGUGGUCCCCAACCAGGGUGCUAUUGUGAUGGCUAAGCGCAAGGAGGAAGAUACCGCUUGGGUCGGGGCAGAACUGUCAGAAUGGCGCAGCGUGAUCUACACCGUCGACGAUACCAAUGCCCCAACGCACACCCCGAAGAACAAGGGCCGCGAGGCUCUCCCCUACCUCCAAUACCUGAUCGACCACUACGACGACCUUCCCGACGUCGUGGUCUUCCUGCACAGUCACCGCGACGGCGUAAUCGCCGGCUGGCACAUCGACACCAUGGAUUACAGCAACGUGGACUCGGUGCGAGCAUUGCAGAAAGAAUUCGUGCAGCAGGCAGGCUUUGUCAACUUGCGUUGCCAAUUGAGCCCAGGAUGUCCCUCGGCCAUCCAACCAUUCCGUCAAUCCCCGAGGCCGGAAAGCCCGGGAGAGGCACAAUACGCUGCUGCAUGGAAAGAGCUGUUCCCUGGUGAGCCGGUUCCUCGCGAAGUCGCCGCCCCGUGUUGCUCCCAGUUUGCCGUUUCCCGAGAGCAGAUUCUCCAGCGCCCCCAUAGCGAUUACCAGCGCAUGUAUGACUGGGUGAUGAACAAUGACCUGGCGGACGAGGCUACCUCGAACAUUAUGGAGUACUCAUGGCACAUCAUUUUCGGCAAGGACCCUGUCUUCUGCCCUGAUUUGUUCCAAUGCUACGCAGAUGUCUACGGCGAAGAAGUCAUCUUUAACUACUGAUCAUUUCAAGUUAUUUCUCUUAUGCCUAUGUACAAGGGCCGAUAGCUCUCUUGCAUUUCAACCAGAAUACGUUUCUUUAUUACCCGGCACUUGCCGGAACUCCCUAGGGGAGAAAUACCAUGGUUACUGGGAAGACGCAGUGCCAAUGCCACAUGAUGACUUGCUUCGAUGUCUAUUUUUUUGUUUUGUCAGAAGCAAAUGUACAAAGCUGAACUGUGCCGGGAUGGCUAUCACAGUGAUAUCAUCUGUCUCACCUCGAGUUGUACGUCCAACUCAAGCGCAUGAGAUAUUCCUUUCGUGCUACGGCACCCAUGUAUAUUUUAUUCCAUUCAAAUCUUAU